AAUGAACUUAAAGUGACAAUGGCUACUUUGAAAGAAGAACAAGAGCAGCUGAAAUCAAAAAUUGUAGAGAGUCCAGAGGAACUGAAAAAUUACAAAGAACUGAUGAAAGAGACUGUUAAGAAACUCAAGAAAUCCAAGCAAGAAAUCAUUGAGAAAUAUGAAGGUUACAGAGACCUAGUUGAGGUUCUGCCAUCAUGCCAAUUGGAGGUGCAGUUAUAUCAAAAGAAGAUGGAAAGACAGGGAGCAAAUGUGGAAAGACUGGCCAGUGUAUUAUCAGAGGUCAGAGAUCUGGAGGACCAGCUUGAGAGUGCUCAGAUAGAGCUGAAAAAGGGGAAGACAGAUGAAACGUCCUUAAAGAGACUGGUCACUGCAAAACAUGAGAAGCUGUCUACAGCUGAAAUAAGGAUAAAAAAGAAGCGUGAAGAUGUUGAGCAAUAUAAGCACACUGUAUUUGAAUAUUGUAACAGAGUUCAGGAGAAGAGGGAUGCUGUAUAUGAUAAAGUGAUGGCCAUUCAGAAAGAAAUCCACCAGACAAGGUUCAAAAUCCAGCAACUGAAUGAUAAUGCUGAAAAACAAGAAAUGAAAGCCAAGGAAAUAUACCUGAAUCUGAAGACUUGUUUGGAGAAGCAUCAUGACUCUCUCAUUAAGACAGCAAAGAGUUAUGCAGCCUCACGAGAAGAUAAAAUUGCAGAAUUGGAGAAGGGGCUGCUUAGAGUUCAGACUCCUGGAAGUAGUUCUUAGACCUGUCUUUGCUUGUAUUUCACUUUCAUUAUGUUUAUCCUUGUAUCUGAACUUAAGAGCUUGUGCUUUGUGUGGCAUGGAUAAUUAAU